AUGGUAAAAGAAAUAGAAAAAUUGAAAGUAAUUACUGGAACUUUAGACGAUGUUGAUAUCAAUCAAGAUAAAAAUAGAGAAUUUAUGAAAAAUUUUGGAAAGUCUCUUGUUAAGAAUCUAUUAUACUUAACUUCUCAUCAAAGAAGAAUUAUUAAAGAACUAUGUUCUUAUAGAGCUAUUUCUCAUGAUCAACAAAUAAUCAAACAAGUAUUUUCUUCAUUAUUUUUCCUAAGGUAUUGUUUUCUUCCUUUGGUUAAAUAUCCUUCUUUAUUAAAGAUACUUCAAAAAGGAGUUUCUGAAUGGAUUUUUGAAAGAACAACAUUUCAUAGAAUACCAGAAGACCCUAUGCUUAAUUUAAAAAAUGUUCUUGAUACUAUCUUUGAAUUUAUUAUGGAAUAUCCUAAUAGUCUUGAAGUAGGAAUGAUAAACAAAGAUAAACAAGAAGAGUCUUUGUGUAACUUGCUUUUAAUUCUAAAAGAUAAUUUAAAUAUAUUAAGUGCUUAUUAUGCUGAUGGAUUUGGAGAAAUAUUUUCUCUUGUGAAAGGAAAUCAAUACAUAGGCACUCCAACAAGUAUGUCAUAUGCUUUAGAUGAAAUAAAAGAAUGGACAGUAACUAAGUUAGAGACAAUGGCUCAAUUGAACUUUGAACUUAAAAUGAAAGUCCAACAAAUGAGAGAAAUAAAUGAGAAAAUCAAGCAAAGAAUUGUCUUGACUUCAUCACUUUUUUCUCAAUAA